AUGAGUGAGAAUACCGAUGACCGCCUCUUGGGCGUGUUCAGUGGUAUAUGCUGGAAUGUAAAUAACAUGAUUGGGAGUGGUAUCUUUGUUACCCCAGGAAUCGUGUGGCAAUCCAUGGGCUCCCCAGGCGCAGCCCUAAUGCUUUGGAUAGGGGGAGCAGUGAUUACCCUCUCUGCUUCUUUAUCUUACACAGAGUUGGGGACGAGGAUAAGCGAACAGGGAGGCGAAUUAGCCUAUUUACGCAAAACCAUUCCAAGACCUCACAACUUAUUCAGUUUCCUUUUUAGCUUUAUGUUUCUUUUUGCUAUAAGGGUAGGGAGCAUUGGUGCGGUGUCACAAGCGUUUGCUCAAUACUUGGUAUUUAGCCUUUCGACUUCAGAUGACUGUACUCGUUACCUUCAGGUCAAUCCCAAAAAUGGAUGGAAGGAUAUAAACUUUUGGAUUUUGAAAAUUGCUGCUAUAGGAAGUUUACUAUUGGUCACGAUAUAUCACAUCCUUUCGAGUAAUUUAGCCAAUAGAAUAAACAAUGUACUUGCAUGUAUUAAAACGAUUACCCUUUUCACGAUCGCCAUCUGCGGCCUCGCAAACUUAAAAAGUACAUACAAUAACUGGGGAAAUCUUUUUGAGGGGACCACAUUAACUAUUGGCUCUUUUUCGACGUCGUUAAUUUCGGUACUCUUCAGUUACAACGGUUGGAAUAAUUUAAAUUACUCGUUGGGGGAAUUCCGGAGGCCUGAAGCCCGGUUGGCUUAUAGUAAUCUCAUUAGCGUUUCAAUUGUUAGCGUUUUGUGUAGGUAUAUUUACGAUUAUCGUGCUCAAGUUGAAGCAAAGAACCCUGGUUACGAUUUUAACGAGGUCAUUGCUGGUUAUUUUGCAGAACACAUUGGGGGCCGUCAAUUUGGACAAGCUCUGUCUUUUUUCGUAGCUGUAUCAGCAUUUGGUACAUUAGGCGCUUUGGUAUGGAGUGGGUCACGUGUAGUCCAAAGAACAGCCAAAAUGGGUUAUUUUCUUAUAGGAAGAAAAUGGCUUCAAGUAAUGAAAAAGGAUGGCACUCCGGUGAACACCUUAAAAUUACAAUUCAUAGGGUGUACGCUUAUAAUCGUGGCUAUAGGCUGGGUAACAUCGGAUCCUUUUAAAUUCUUAUCCGACUACUCUCAGUAUAGUUACUGGAUCUUUUACUGCUUGACAGGCAUAGGGUUGCUUAUUUGGAAAUCAGAACCUUCAAAAGAAAAGCAUUUUAAUGCCUGGUGGCUUGCGCGAUAA